GCAACAAACGAGCGACUUCCCAAAAUACCCUUUUCAGUUUUCUUCCUAUUCUCCAAAUGGCAGAUAAAAAAAUCACUCUACUGGAUUCAUGGAUAAGCCCUUUUGGGAUCAGGGUCAGAAUAGCCUUGGCCCAGAAAGGGAUAGAGUAUGAGUAUAAGGAAGAGAAUUUGAGCGAUAAGAGUCCAUUACUCCUCCUAAUGAACCCCGUUAAGAAGCAAAUCCCUGUUUUGAUACACAAUGGGAAACCGGUUUGUGAGUCACUGAUUAUAGUUCAGUACAUUGAUGAGGUGUGGAAUCAGAAAUCUCCUCUGUUGCCUUCUGAUCCUUACCAGAGAGCUCAAGCCAGGUUUUGGGCUGAUUUUGUGGACAAGAAGGUGUACAGCCUUGGGAAGCAAGUAUGGUCAUCCACAGGUGAAGCCCAAGAAGCUGCAAAGAAGGAGCUUUUGGAGUGCUUUAAGCUGAUGGAAGGAGAGCUUGGACAAAAGCCCUACUUUGGUGGUGAAACUCUAGGGUUUGUGGACGUGGCCCUGAUCCCAUUCUACACUUGGUUUCCUGCCCUUGAGCAUUGUGGCAGCUUCCUUAUGGUGAAAGAGUGCCCUAAACUUGUUGCUUGGGCCCACAAGUGCAUGGAAGCAGAGAGCGUGUCCAAGACUCUCCCUGAUCUGAAAAAGACCUUUGAUUUCUUCAUGGAUUUCAUAAAGAAGGCUAAUAACUAGUGAAAUUUCGAAGAGGGUUUUGUAGGAUGGGGAUAAUAAUGGGUUUUUCUUGGAAAGAAUAACGAGUGUAUCACUUCUUUGUAUGGGGCCCAAUUUGUGUGUUUUUUCUUGGUUUUGUUUUGGUUUUACAAUAUGUUUCCUUAGUGUCACAUUAAUUAAAAAUAAAGAAGAGUGAUGUG